ACUGGCUGAGAGAGAAAUGCGUGUCUGAGGGGGAGGGCGUGCCACCCCCAGACUGUGGUGGAUCCUGCUAUACAGGAUCAGCUUCACUCUUCAUUCUUCAGCCUGACAGAACAGCCCUGCAGCUGAACAGCCAGCAUGGGGAGAACAGGAGGGAGAGGAGCGCAGGGGGAUGAAGAGUUCAGCUUCGUCAGUCCGGUGGUGAAGUACCUGCUGUUCUUCUUUAACACGAUCUUCUGGAUCAUCUCUCUGGUGCUGAUCUCCAUCGGAGUGUACGCCAGGAUAACUAAACAUGAGACGGCGAUGGCCUGUCUGACGGUGGACCCCUCCAUCCUGCUGCUGAUUGUUGGAGUUCUCAUGUUUUUUCUCACUUUCUGCGGCUGCGUGGGCUCUCUCCGAGAAAACAUCUGCCUCCUGCAGACGUUCUGUAUCUGCUUGACGAUCCUCUUUCUGCUGCAGUUGGCUGCUGGAAUUUUGGGUUUUGUCUUUUCAGACAAGGUGCGCCAUAAAGUGACAGAAAUGAUAAACAACGCAAUCCUACAUUACAGAGAUGAUCUGGACCUUCAGAACCUCAUUGAUUUUGGACAGAAAGAGUUUGCCUGCUGUGGAGGUUCUUCAUACAUGGACUGGUCAAAGAACAUAUAUUUUAACUGCACCAAUGAAAACCCGAGCAGAGAGCGCUGUGCUGUGCCUUUCUCCUGCUGUCUGAUCUCUAAAGGGGAGAAUGUGAUAAACACCAUGUGUGGGCAUGGGAUGCAGGAGUUAGAUCACAAUCAGGCAGAUGCCUUCAUUUACACUAACGGCUGCAUAGACAAGCUAGUGAACUGGAUUCACAGCAACCUGUUUCUGUUGGGAGGCAUAGCCCUGGGUCUGGCCAUUCCUCAGCUGGUGGGAAUUCUGCUCUCUCAGGUCCUGAUUAACCAGAUCCAGGAUCAGAUUAAACUUCAGGACUACAACCAGCAGCACCGCUCAGACCCGUGGAGCUAAGCCUUAUGGAACCAUUAGGCCUACUGGAGAUGUUCUGCAGGAUGACUCAAAAAAUAGACAUUAAACUGGUUCAUAUCCUUCAGCUACAUCUAUCUCAGAUACACAUAUAUCUCAACAAUAGGAGCGUCCUGUGGUGGUAUUGAGAGAAUGGGACUCUCAUGUAGAUGCACUGUGUAGUGAACUAUAGUCUGUUACAUUCCAGGCCACUUGAUUUUGGUGGUUUGGUGCCUCUGUUCGGUGGGAUAAGUGUGAAACAUCUCUUCAUUGUCAGAAAAAUGUGUUUGGCAGUUGACUUAAACUGUAUCCUGUUACAGUAGAGUAGAGAUUCUGAGAGUGAGGACAUUUUUACAGGGCAUGACAUCUUUUGAGGGAAGGCCUGCGUUACUGUAAUAUAAUAUUUCUCCUUUUAAACCAGGAGAGCUUCUCAGGACAAGUUUUUUUUAUGACGAAAACACUGGAUUUUAUGAACAUGCAACAAAAGUGUCUGCUGCCUUAAAUUUAUUGGCAUUUACCUUCCAUAUUUUGAAAUUGCAAAUGAAAGCAGCUGUUCAGUGCCACUGUUUGUAUCAUUACUGUACAGAGAAUUGUAUUUUCUUAAGGUAUUUGUGCUUCUACAAAUGAGAAUUCCCUUUGGAAAUGGACUUGGGUUGUAGUGAAACAUGAUAAUGAGUACAAAUUUUAGCCGAUGCUCCCAACACAGGCUUACAAUGGAAGUGAUAUAGUAGUUAGUAGUUGCAGUGGUGCACUUGGUGUUGGCUUGAAUGGUGGAUAAGGGUCUCCACCCAAGAGUUAUUGUGUUAUGAGGGUGUUAUUAAGGGUAUCUAGGGGCAUGGCUAUUUUUAUACCAUUAAAAAACUCAAAGUAGCUCCACACUUCAUUGGUAGAAUUUGUUGGCCUCUGACAUUUCAAACGAGGCAUUAAGAGCUUUUAAAGUGCAAAGAUACAGUAGUUUAAUAAAAAAAAAACACUCUUUACACACACAGUACCUUCAGAUACUUCAGGUAUUUCAACUACCUCAAGUUGCUGUGUGUAUAGACAUGUUUUUUAAUCAUCUAUCUUUUGGGAGCAUCGGCUAAAAGCGAUGUAUUUCGUAAUGCUGGGGGUGAACACAGAUGGGCUAUUAGUCAAAAGCUAUUCUACAACCCAUGUCAAUUUCACACCGGAUUUCUCAUUUAAUAUGAACUUACAACCUGUUGCUUUUGUAUAUAUCAGAGAUUUGAUUUUAUAUUUGUGUAUAUCAUAUCUGUAUAGUAUUAAAGCACUUGUGUUUUUUCAUGUCUUUUUCAAAGCCAUUUUGUUAAUAAAUGAGCUUGAUGUAAAUACUGUUGUUAAAGUAUUAUUAAAGUAUCCAAACUCCACACUUCAAACAUUCAGUAUAUAUUGCCACAAUAAAAUAUUUCUGGAACUUAAUUAGAGGUCAUUUAAAAAUGAUGAGUUUCUUUGAUUUUACCAAAUUGAAAACCUCUGGAAUAUAAUCAAGAGGAAGAUGGAUGAUCACAAGCCAUCAAACCACCAAACAGAACUGCUUGAAUUUUUGCACCAGGAGUAAAGCAGCAUAAAGUUAUCCAAAAGCAGUGUGUAAGACUGGUGGAGGAGAAAACUGUGAUUAAAAACCAGGGUUAGAUUUCUGAACUCUUAAAACUAUAUAAAUAUGAACAUGUUUUCUUUGCAUUAUCAUUUCUGCAAAUAAAUGAUCUAAAUGACAAUAUUUAUUCUUAUUUGGAAUUUGGGAGAAAUGUUGUCUGUAGUUUAUAGAAUAAAACAACCAAGUUUGUUUUACUCAAACAUAAAUCUAUAAAUAGCAAAAUCAGAGAAACUGAUUCAGAAACUGAAGUGAUAUCUUAUUUUUUUCCAGAGCUGUAUGCUGUUGAUUUUUUCCCAUGAAUGUAUUUCUUUACUGUUUGACUACAAUGCUUGACUACAAUUACAAAUGUAAUUUUGCCAUGUCAAUAAAGCAAACUAAACUGAA